GGUCACCACUUUUGUUCUUUUCCAAUUUUGAAAAUAAAAGGUUGCAAAACUUUUAGGAUCAUUCUAAAAAGGAAAAGAGUGCAAUAAAAGGUGUGUUGGAAAUUCUAAUUUGUCAUCCAUAGCUACUAAUACAAUUCCCCUCUUGACCGUGGAAUUUGAACGGGUGACGCACUUGGAAAAUAAAAAUAUUUUUUCUCCUCAGACGCUCAACUAACUAAACCAAACAUAACCGCAUUGCCCAAUUCUGCAAAUUCCUCGACAGAUUUCGUCUCAUUUCCUUUUAUAGCAUCUCUAUUUCCUUACAGAGUUUCCUUUCUCAAAUCUUGAAGGAGAAGUACAUUGUGUCUCUUCUCUUUCUUAACGUACACUACACAAAUAAACAAACAAAACCAGUAUGUAAAUAUCAAGAAAAAAACGAACCUUUGCUUAUAUAGUCUGAUCCAAAAAUGUCGCUUCCCAAUUUCUCCCUUCUCUUAUUUCUUUUAUUUGUCACGUCACUUUUUUAUUCAUGUUCUCUUGGUGAAAUCAGAUCGUCCGAGGUUCGUUCUGAUGAUCGUCCGAUUAUACCAUUCGACGAAUUCGGCUUCACACAUCGUGGCAGGUUAGAACUCAAUGUUUCAAAAAUCUCCCUUGGUGUCCCUAGCAACCCUGCAAACCUUGAUCUCUCCAAAGUUGGUUUUUUUCUCUGUACUCGCGACACGUGGAUGCAUGUUCUUGAACAAAUUGAGGAUGCCGAAAUCACGUGUGCACUCCAAUCUGAUGUUGUCAAGCUAGUCUACACGUUCGAUAAACUUCGUGAAAAUUCCUCUUUCGACACACUUUUUGUCGAAACGGAUGCUGACCAGUACUCUCUUGUGUUUGCUAAUUGUUGUCCACAGUUAAAAGUUACCAUGACCGUUCGAUCCGCCAUGUAUAAUCUUGAUGCCAAAUCAGGAAAUAGAGACUAUCUCUCUGCUGGCAAGGCUAUUUUGCCUAGGAUUUAUUUCAUCUUUUCGCUUGUUUAUUUCUGCUUAGCCAUUUUUUGGAUAUUUGUGUUGUUUAAGAAGCGAUUAACAAUUCACGCGAUACAUUUCUUCAUGCUCGCGGUUAUCAUAUUGAAAGCCCUGAAUUUGCUGUGCGAGGCAGAGGAUAAAUCUUAUAUCAAGCGAACGGGUAGUGCUCAUGGAUGGGAUGUUCUGUUCUAUAUUUUCAGUUUUUUGAAAGGGAUUAUGUUGUUCACGUUGAUCGUGUUGAUAGGGACCGGUUGGUCAUUUCUCAAACCUUAUUUGCAGGAUAAGGAAAAGAAAGUUUUAAUGAUUGUGAUACCACUUCAAGUUGUAGCAAAUAUAGCGCAAAUUGUGAUUGAUGAGAAUGGACCUUACGGAGAUGAAUGGGUGACGUGGAAACAGGUGUUUUUGCUCGUUGACGUGAUUUGUUGUUGCGCGGUUCUUUUCCCUAUUGUUUGGUCGAUUAAGAAUUUGCGCGAGGCUGCUAAAUCUGAUGGGAAAGCUGCUGUGAAUUUGAUGAAAUUGACGCUUUUUAGGCAGUACUAUGUCGUGGUGAUAUGCUAUAUUUAUUUUACGAGGGUUGUGGUUUAUGCAUUGGAGACGAUUACAUCGUAUAGGUAUCUUUGGACUAGUGUAGUGGCAGGGGAAGUAGCAACUCUGGCUUUUUAUUUGUUUACUGGAUAUAAAUUUAGGCCUGAGGUACACAAUCCGUACUUUAUGAUUGAUGAUGAAGAGGAAGAGGCUGCCUCUGAGGCGUUAAAGUUUGGUGAUGAGUUUGAAUUGUAAACAGAUUAUUCUUGUGAUUCCAGGAUCUCAUGAUCAGUUUUGAAGUGGUCGAACUGAUAGUGAACAUUAAAGUGCACAUCUUGUAGAUCAUUUUUACUUUGAAGUUUUGUUUAAUUUCUUUGUUGUCAAUCUUGUCUCUGUAAUUGUAUAACUUGAGCAUGUCAUAUGAUUUCUUGGACUAGCACUGUGUCUGGAAAAGAACAAUUCUUCUGUGAAUUAAAGUAGGCCUUUAAGAUGCCGUCUAUUAAA